AUGACGAAACCAGUCUGCGAAUUAUCAUUAACAUUAUCAAGCGAAAGAUUACUUAUGCAAUCAUUAAACAAUACAGAAGUAUCUCAUCCGACUAUAUCUUGUAUUCAUCAUGAGUUUGUAUAUCAAGUGAUGAGACAUCCACAGAAACUAGCUGUUGAACUAGAUGAACAAUCAUUGACAUAUUGUGAACUCUUGUAUUAUGUGCAAAUAUUAUCUUUGAAUCUAUUGAACAAAUACUUUGUAAAGUCAGGAGAUAUUAUUUGUCAAUGUGUCGAACGAAGUUUAUCAAUGGUAAUUGGUAUAAUGGCAAUUGAAAUGAGUGGUGGUAUUUAUUGUCCAUUAUCACCUCGAGAUCCGCAACAUCGUUUACAUUUCCUUAUAGAACAAACACAAUGCCAUCUCGUUCUUGUUCAUUAUCUAACCAAAACUAAAUUUGACAAUAAUGUUUUGUUACUUGAUACUGAUGUAGUACUGGUUGAUAAUGAUGUAAUGAGUAAUGUUGGUGUUGAUAGAUUAUCGAAUGUAAUAAUGACACCGGAUAGUAUAGCUUAUAUAGUUUUCACUAGUGGUUCAACUGGAACACCUAAAGCGGUUCCAGUUCUGCACGGGAAUUUUAAUGAAUGUAUGUAUUCAUUAGUUAGUGGGAACGAGUUCACCAAAGAUGAUACAACUGUGCAAAUGUCAAGAUGUUCAUUUGAUAUUCAUGUUCAAGAAAUACUUGGUAUUUUACUACAGGGUGCUACUGUCGUUAUGCUUCAUCCAGGAGGAACUAUGGAUUUUGAAUACUUGUCACACGUUUUAGAAAAGAAACAAAUAACAUGUAUGGGCACUGUACCGACUUUACUCAAUAGCUUUUUCACCUUUCUUGAGCAAUACGAAACUCGUAAUCCUAUCAAAUAUCUUCGAUCACUUUGGUGUGGUGGUGAGCCUUUCUCUACAAAGUUAUUCAAUUUAAUCAUUAGUAUGAACAUAUCAAAUUGUUUUUUAUGGAAUCUAUAUGGGCCAGCUGAGACCACUAUAGUUGCUACUUUUCAUUCUCUGAACUUAAAACUUGACACGAAGAGUAUUCCAAUUGGGAGACCACUUUCAAAUUAUCAAUGUGUCAUUUUUGAUGAAUAUCUACAAAGUGCAGUCAACGAUCAAGACGGUGAAUUACUUGUAGGAGGUGUUGGUGUGUUUGCUGGUUAUCUUGGUCGUGAUGAUUUAACUGCAAGAGCUCUGAUUGAAAUAGAUGGUGAACUAUUUUAUCGAACAGGUGAUCUUGUUACAAUGGAUAACAAUGGUCUUCUUCAUUAUCAAGGACGGAAAGAUCAUCAAAUCAAACUUCAUGGACAAAGAAUUGAACUUGGCGAAAUCGAACGAUGUUUGCUUAACAAUACAUCUAUAUCUGCUUGUGUUGUGAUGAAAUGGAAUGAUGAUUAUUUAGUUGCAUAUGUUCAAAGUUCUGAUAUGAAUGAAGAAGAACUACGUGAACAUUGUCAAUCUCAUCUUCCACCACAUAUGAUUCCAUCAAUAUUUAUUAUAUUUGAUAAAUUACCUCUGAAUCCAAAUGGAAAAGUAGAUCGAAAACAACUUCCUUCACCCGACUUUUCUUUAUCGACUUUGUUAUCGUCCAAUAAAUCUGAUACUCCUCUUAAUCAGUUCGAAGAACGUAUACACACUAUUUGGUGUCAAGUUCUUCAUUAUAAUGGAAGUUACAUUUCUGGAACUACCAGUUUUUUUAGCGUUGGUGGUCAUUCACUUUUAUUUAUUGAACUUUAUCAUCGUUAUCAAUCAGUAUUUAACUUUGAUACUCAUUCACUCUCAAUUGGUCCCUUUCUUCAGCAACCAACUAUUCGACAACAUGCACAACUACUUCAGACACUUCCAUCCAAUGAUACACAGACAACACAAUGGCACACACUACACAGAAAUCAAGGUAAAACAUUUUUGAAUUAA